AUGUGGCCGGGGAGGACUUCUGUCAACGUCAGGGUCAGGACAGGGUUGGCCAGGCGCACUGCGGGGUCUGGGACAGGGCCAUGCGAUGAUGAGAUGAGAUCAUGUGUCUUUAUUGUGAAGGCGCUGAUCCUGGUGGCCCUGAGACAUCUGCACUUCAAAAAUAUUGUUCACUGUGACUUGAAGCCUGAGAACGUACUACUGGCCUCCGCAGAGCCCUUUCCUCAGGUAAAGCUGUGUGACUUUGGCUUUGCCCGUAUCAUCGGUGAGAAGUCGUUCCGGCGCUCUGUGGUGGGCACUCCGGCCUACCUGGCUCCUGAGGUGCUGCGCAGCAAAGGCUACAACCGCUCCUUAGACAUGUGGUCGGUGGGAGUCAUCGUGUACGUCAGCUUGAGCGGGACGUUCCCUUUCAACGAGGACGAGGAUAUUAACGACCAGAUCCAGAAUGCUGCCUUCAUGUACCCCCCAACGCCAUGGAAGGACAUCUCUGCAGAGGCCACAGAUCUGAUCAACAAUCUCCUCCAAGUCAAGAUGAGGAAGAGGUACAGCGUGGACAAGUGUCUCAGCCAUCCCUGGUUACAGGACUAUCAGACCUGGCUGGACCUCAGGGAGUUUGAGACGCGGCGGGGCGAGCGCUACAUCACCCACGAGAGCGACGACACGCGCUGGGAGGAGUUCGGCGACGAGCACUGUCUCCUGUACCCCAAACACUUCAUCAUGGCUCCCAACUUGGACGACAUGGAGGAGGACCCCUAGUGGCUCACAGGACACCACAUGUGUUUAAAAAGGACAAGGUUUGUCACAGGGACCUUUUCAAGAAGCAAUGGGAGCGACAGAUUUUUACCUCCAGGACUGUUUUGUCGUGAAAACAGAGAGGAAGCCGAUCAGGUGGAGAAUCGCUCUCCGGAGGCUUUAAGAGCGGGAAAAAAACCGACAGAAUUUGUAGCACGAUGCGCCGCUACGAGCAGUAUGCAGGUGGAGAUGCAACAGAAACGCAUUGAGAAACUGUGUGGAGAUAACAGUGUUUGCACAAAAUCUAAAAACAUUCCAUGGAUUUCCUAGUUUCUUUUUUAAGAACAAUCGCAAAACAAGGUGAACGUAAUAGUUUAGUUAAUGUACAAAACAUUUUGGAGUAAUAAUACGACUGUUCUUUAUGUGAGAGAAGAGGUCUGACAGCGCUUACCCCAGGAGUAAAGUGCACUUUCCACAAGGGAUUUACAGUCCGAGAAUUUAAAUCAUUUUUUAUUCUCAUUUCCCAACCGUUUGUGAGACUGGCCUUUUGCUUGAAACUGGAACAAUCACAUGUUUGUAUGUUUUUUUAAUGUAUUUCAUAAUUGUGGUCGAUUUUUGCACUAUAUUACCAAUUGAACCGCAAUAUUUGCUGCGGUGUUUUGCGAAGCCAAUCGAGGUGCAAAGUUUAAACCAGCAGGAAGUUGAUGCAACUCGCUCCAAUUGGCUGCUCCUCCAUCCUUUAUUUUAGAGCUGCAACUAAUCAUUAAGUUGAAUCUUCAAAUUAUUUUCCACAGAAAUCCAUUACAAAUAUGGUCGAGAAAAUGUCCGACAGUCAAUCCUAAUUUCCUAAAAAGUCAGAGGUAAUGUUUGUUCUUUCAGUCAAAACCAAGAAUAUUGUUUAAUAUGAUAUUAAACAGAGUAAAGCGGUAAAUCUCCAUUUAUGAGAAGCUAAAAACUGUAUUUUCUGCAGAUUUUGCACGACAAAAUAACUACAUUGAGUUUAAGAAUCCGUCGAUUGACUUAUCGUUGCAGCUUUUAUUUAUUUUUACAGCGAUCUAGCAGCUAAUGGCGGCCGUGUUUGAUCAACUUUCCCCUGGAGACCCUGACCAAACAUGUUCAAUCAUUUCAAUGUUUCCAAACCUUUUUCUACACAAAAUCCUCAAGUCACUGAAUUGUCAGUAAAAUGCAAUAAUGGAGCCAUUUGUUCCUAUUCAUCAUAAGGCUGAAGCAGCAUGGACUCUAUGUUAGAGCAUCAUGUCUCUGUGUAUAUCUGUACUGUCGCAGUAUUGUUAAAUGUGACUCUGGAAUAUGUGUUUGUGAUGCUCUUUAGGUAUCUGAAGUGUUGCGUCGCCAGCUGAGCUUUCACACAGAACAAAAUGUCGGUGUUCAUUAUGUUGUCUGGACCAAUCAACAAGCCCCUUGGUCUGGACUGAGGACACUCUUACACUUUGGUUCACAUGGGAGUUUAUUGAACUACAGUUUUGUAGUUUGUUCUGUUGGUGUGUUUUGGGAGUAUGUUCCUGUUUUCCUGUUGUCCUCUUCCUGUCUUUGUUGCCGCUGGAUUGGCAGGUGUCAGUGUUUUGUAUAUUUCAGUAAAUACCAAUGGAAUAAAAAACCCAACUUCCCAA